AUGAAAAUCCUUCUCCUCCUAACUUUCCUGCUUGUACUAAGUUGCAGUCACAGUAUUGUCAUCACAGGGGCCUGUGUGCGGGACAUGCAAUGUGGGUCUGCUUCAUGCUGUGCCGUCAGUCUGUGGAUGCGUGGGCUGCGAAUGUGCACCCCCCAGGGUGGUGCUGGAGAUCCCUGUCACCCCCACAGUCACAAGGUGCCAUUCUGGGGGAAGCGGCAGCACCACACCUGUCCGUGCCUGCCCCACCUGUCCUGUGGCCGGUUCCCCGACUCCAGCUUCCGAUGCACCCCCCACCUCAAACAGCUGCAGUGA